CCUUCGCUUUAUCGCAGCCUUGUCUCCUUUGUGAGGGUGAUCCCUAACAGUCGACCUAUAACCUAUCAGUUAUUAAGGCCUUGUACCAGCCCCAAGACACUUGCGUUGUGCCCAUCUCCAGACCUCGCCUCGCAGCAUCCCUUUUAAUUUUAGCCAUUUGGAGGGCUUUUUUUUUACCAAUCCUGGUCCGUUCGGGGCUAGGAUUGGAUGCUAAAAUUGCCCUAGAUUCCCUUUUUAUAAUGAAGUUAUGCAGACCUGUAACAGCUAAUACCACAUCGACUUGUGCGCGGAGACGGAAGCUAGAAGGGGUGCCUCUUUGUUCCAAACAGGCCUCUGCUCCUAAGGUAGGGCACCUAGGGAGAUGGUAGUAGUAGCGUCUUUGUUAGGGAAACAGGGGAAACACUAGAUAUUUUAGGUGCAGGUCUGAAUGUGUAAGGGACUUGGAGGGCUCAUGCAGGGCCGCCAGGGCUGCAACCGGAAAGGGGGCAGCAAAGGCCUGGGUGCCUGGAUGCCUGAGGCACCCAAGGUCACGGGACACUGGCCCGCCGCGGCCGACCCCUUAGGCAGGUUGAUCGUGGCAAUUCCAGAUUGCCAACGAUCAAGCUGAAGUUGUUAUAUUUACCCUAUAGCAAUAUAAACCCCAACCCCUUUCGACUUACCCGCUACUAUCGUGAUCACCUCGGUUCCAGCCCUCGGCUUAAC